AUGAAUAAACGUCAACAAUUCUCCAUAUCGGACUUCUUCAAUAAAAAGAAGAAAAAUGACCAAGUAAAUAAUAAAGACCAUAUUGCUGUUAACAACAGUUUAUGUCAACCAAUUGAAUUUACAAGAGAUGAUGACACUCCUGAAUGUUGGGACUCAAAACAAGCAAAAUACUUUUGUGAAGAAUAUCCAUGGCUGUAUUUUAAAAACAAAAAGUUGGGUUGUAAUAUAUGCCAUAAAGUAAAUUUAAAUCUUAAUAAGAAUCAAGUAUCUCAUGUGCAUGUAUCAUCAAACUGGAUUCAAUGUGACAUUGUUCCAACUGGAAAUAAUAUAUCCAAACAACAAGCUAGUUUGAGGAAAAAGAUCUCCAAGCAUAAGUGUAGUCAAUCACAUAUCAGUGCAGAGAACAUAAUUCAUCGCAAAAAAAUAUUUAGAACAGCUUACUUCAUUGCAAAAAAUCAACGUCCAUUUCUAGAUAUGCCUAAAUUAAUAGACCUACAAGCUCUCAAUGGAGUUAAUAUGGGUCGAGUGUUACAAACCAAUAAAUCUUGUGCUAAUAUUGUUGACCAUAUUUCUAAUGAAAUGAGGCUUAAAAUUUGCAAUGAUAUUAUUGAAAACAAUAGAAAAUUAUGUAUUGUUGUUGAUGAGUCAACUACAUUGAGCAAAAAAACAAUGUUAGUUAUUUGCUUAAGAUGUGCUAAUGGUGAUUCUCAAGAAAUUAAUAUUUUUUUUUUUUUUGAUAUUAUUGAGUUAAAUUGUACUUCAGCUGAAUCAAUUAAAACUGCUAUAAUAAAUAAUAUGUUAAAACAUGGAAUCAAAUUAGAUUUUUUAAAACAAAAUCUAGUUGGAUUUGUUAGUGAUGGAGCUUCAAACAUGCUGGGAAGAAAAGCUGGAGUUGGUGUUUUACUACAAAAAAUUUUUCCUGACCUCAUUAUCUGGCAUUGUUACAACCAUAGAUUGGAACUUGCGGUAAGUGAUACUAUUAAAGAAGUGCAAGGUCUUAAUCACUUCCAAUGUUUUUUUGAAAAACUUUAUUCAUUGUAUCACCAAUCUCCCAAAAAUAUGACAGAACUUAAUGCAUGUGCUGCAUCUUUAGAAAGCACUAUUUUAAAUAUAGGAAAGAUAUUUACAAUUCGGUGGGUGGCAUCCAGCUUUAGAACAGUACGUGCAGUUUGGAAUAACUAUGUUGCUCUCCAUAAACAUUUUCAAGAAUCUUCCACUGAUAAUAAAAGAGAUGGAAAAGAAGAUCUAAAUAUUUAG